CUGUGCGAUCGGUGCAAUAUUAAAAUAUCAUACGUUUGAUAAGGGAAAAACAUGUGCACUAAAACGUCUAUAAUAUGAAACUGAAUAUUUUUGUAUUUUGUGUACGAUAGUAUUAUUAAUAUACCAUGUUGGUUCUUACAAGUCGCAUCGCAAGUAAUAUAAUAUAACAAUAAUAAUGAAUUAAUGCAAGUAUAGUUAUAGAUGUAUGAUAUUACGUUUAGUGAUUGCUGUUAUUUUAUCGUCACGUACAAUUCACCUCCUACCCAUUUACCACCAUUUGCCUCCGUAUUUGCAUUUAUCUUGCCAGUUCUGUUUUGACGUUACACAGCAAAACGUUACCUAACAAUGUCAAUCGCCGACGACGGUUGUCAGUGAUUUGAAUUCAAUCAUAGUCGACGGCAGUCGUGUUCCUAUGGCCAAACACCACUAUUAAAUGUAUCUUUCCUGCCGUGGCUGUUGAUGUCUUGAUUAUCUACGACUUGCUCAUCUGUCAACUGCCAAAUACUGUAGUAUUGCGGUGUGCGGACACGCUACACAAAUUUAAGAUUUGAUACCAAAUUUGUUGAAUUUGAUCCGUCCGGCAAUGGCUGGAAUUGUAACAAUAUUUGACAAAGAACUUACACUAGCAGAAUGUGUUGCCUAUCUAAAAUUUGAAAAUUAUGGCUGGCAGACUUUGUACAAAAAUUAUAUGUCAAAUGUUAUUAAAGCACUUGAUAUUCAUAGUGAUAUAAGCCGUUUGUAUUUGCUUAUCAAACUUGAUGUUACAACGAAUAACCUCGAUGCAACUCUUUUUAAAAUACAAUAUGAAGACAAAUUAAUCAUAUCUCCUGACGCAGUACAAUUGACUAAAAAUUUAAAAGAUAUUAUACCAGAUGCCGACCCAAUUUACUUGGAUAUAGUCGGAGAAUUUUAUGCCAAUAAUGACAAUAAACUAUAUGAAUUCAUUGAUCAAAUUACUACAAAUAAAAGAAACUAUCCUAGAUUAAAAGAGUACAAUGAACACGUUAAUCAUUUGGCUAUUGUUAAGAAUUUAAGAAACGGUUUCACAGUUCAAGAGUUUUUAAAGAUGUGUCCUGAUCCAGUUAAUUACUUCAAAAAUAUAAAAUUGAAUUCAAUGUCCACACAUUAUAAUGAAUCACUGUCUUAUUUAAGUGAAAGGUAUAAUCUUGUUUCAAUGGCAAAGCUUCGCACUGAGUUGCUUAAACAAAAAUACAAUUUAACAAAUACUGUUGAAUCUUUACUAGCUGAUCCUACACCAGUUUAUUUAAAGAAUAAAAGAAAAUCAUUCGGUAGUCGUCAACUAGUCAAUUACAAGACAACAGAAAAUAUUGAAUUUUUAAAAGAAAUAGCAUACCUUGAUCAUAAAGAUGAAAUUCUGAAUCAUAUAGAGUCUGUAAAAACUGUACAUAGAAUUCAAGUUGAACAAGCUAAGUCUAUUGGCAAGUUAAACACUUGUGGAUGCUGUUUCGAUAAUGAACUAUUAACCAGUGAAGUUUUUUCCUGUCCAGCUGGACAUAUAUUUUGUUCAGCAUGUAUAAAAAAAGGGACAGAAGUUGCAGUUGGUGGAAGUAAAGUAGAUAUUAAAUGCUUUGCUGAUUGUGGUGAAGAAUUUAAUUUAACAAUGAUAAAAAGUAUUGUUGAUGACAAACUAUAUCAACGUAUAAUGAGGUUGAAGCAAGCACAAGAAAUUAAAGCAGCCGACAUUGAAGGACUUGAAACAUGUGCAUUUUGUGAUUACUCUGUUAUUUUGUCUCCUGAUCUCAAAAUUAUUAACUGCUUGAAUCCUGAAUGCAAAAAAGAAACUUGCAGGCAAUGUCGGGAAGAAAGUCAUUUCCCAUACAGAUGUGAUCAAAUAGAAAAAGCUCCAGAAGUAGAAGUUAGAACCAUGAUUGAAAACAAAAUGACUGAAGUACUCAUAAGAAUUUGUUAUCAUUGCAAACGUAAGUUUGUUAAAGAAGAUGGAUGCAACAAAAUGACUUGCAGCUGUGGUAAACAAAUGUGCUACAUCUGUAGGCAGCCAGUCGACUCUAAUUAUGGCCAUUUUUACCACCAAGCAGUGAUGGAAAAUAAGUGCCCGUUAUACACAGAUGAAAAUAUUGUACAUACUACUGCUGUAGAAGCUGCUGCUAGAUUAAUAAUAAAUGAACUGAAAAUAAAGAAACCGGAUUUGUUAAGAAAUAUUGAUUUAAAUAAGAUUUUGCCAGCCUUAAAAAAAUCAAAUAACUCUCCAAACAUUCAGGAAUCUGCUUUAGAUAUAAAUAAAGUAGUUGCUACAGUCAUUGGUCAAAAUGUAGAAGAUAUUAAUAAUCUCAAAGAUAUGAGAUCAUUGGAACCUAAAGUUAAAAAACGAAGAUAUUAAAUUGCAUUUUAUCAACAGAUUUGAAAUUGCAAAUUCUUAUAAAUGUUAUUGAUUACAAGUGUAAUUUUGAGAUCAGUGUUCUUAAUUUUUAUUUUCAUACUACCAAGUUAAUUGUGUUAUUUAUUUUUUAAUUAUGUCAUAGUCAUUCCUUAUAAUAUAUAAUAUAGUUAAAAGAAAAAUAUUUGUAUGUAAUGUAAUCAAAUUUAAUUGGAUGUAUUAAUAGAAUAAAAAUAUCAUUACAUUUACGAUUUACUAUCUUAAACUAUCAAUAAAAUUUUUUAUUCUUUUACCGGU